GGAAAAUUUAGACUACGGCGAGAGUCACUGAAGGUGAGGACGGACUCUGAUGGAGGAAGUGGUGAGGAUCAGGAUGGCUCUGGAAGUCAGAUAAAGAAAAAGGACAAGAAAUUCAGAAUGUCCCUACUCUCCAGACGAGGCUCAAAGGAUAAGUUUCCUGAUGAUACAAAGGAGGGGAAGAGCAGGACACUACCCCUCUCUCGUAAAUCUUCAAAGGAUUAUUUUUCAGAAAUGCACAUGGCCUGCAGGAGAGAAUGAAGAGAAUUGGAUGGACUACAAAAAGAAACCUUUGAAGACCAAAGUGAACCAGUUGCUUAGAAGGGCAUCUACUUCUUCCUCCAUACUAGAGGAAAAGCACAGAGAUUUAGAAUCAAAGGAUGAUGCCAUAAGUAAGAAAGGCAAUGGCAAGAAAGACUCCAUACGACGAUGGUCAGAGGGGACAGUUUUGGAUAAGAGCACCAGUGAAGAGGAGGAUGGAGGGGAGGCUCAGCGCGAAGAGAAGAGAAAAAAGAGGAUGAAAAUCAAGUUUGUGCCGCACAGAGGAUUUGCCAUCACUGUAGAAAAGAAUGACGAUGAACUGAAGGGAGCACAUGGAUAUACACCUCGUAAAGGCUCAAAGGAGAAAUCGCAAGAUGAAGUUUCUGGUGCACAUGGCUACACACCUCGUAAAAAGUCACAGGAUGAUGCUUUUGAGGAUGUAGAAGAGAUCAAAGGCCACAGUCUUCAGGCUGCUUUCAUGGAUGACAGGCCCUCACAAAAAACGCACCACUUUUCUCCUGGACUAAAUGGAGAUGAAGAUGCUUAUGGAAUGGAAGACUGCAAAUCUAAGAAACCACCAAAGAUGAAAUUGCUGCGUGUGGGUCGUCGAAGCUCUAAGGAGGACAUGCUGGAUGACACCAAUCCUCAGAGAAAGAAGAGCAGCUUCUCAGCUGAGGAGUUAGAUGAUGAAGAACUUACUGGGAUAGAAGACCUCAAACAGCAGAAAAAACAUAAAGGUCCUAAUCCCGUUCCACGCAAAUUUAAGGCACCCUACAAUACAGCUGGACAGAGUGAACCAAUCGGAUUCAGCCACCACACACCUCAGCAGGCAUCCAGUAGCAAAGCCAUGAAUCUAGAGUGUGAAGACCCACCAGGAGCUACAUCAAGUAACUACCUGUCAGAGGCUGCACAGGCGGAGUGGCUGGCUGCUCAGAAGGACGAGCGUGCCAUGGCUGGUUUGGAGGAUGACGAUGCAGAAGGGGACACUGACAGUUUAAUGGAAUGGUGGUACACUGUGGAACAAUGGGACGAGGUGCCAUCAGAUGAUGAGAACAUAGUCAUAAAAGAGGAUGACUCCAAGUCAUUCACCAUCUUGGCGGACAAGGUUCACCGCGGCCUGCGUGUCUUCAACAAGAUCUUCAUGGAGCGAGCAGAGGUCCUCUGGCAGUCCAUCAUCAUGCUCCACGCCAUCGCUGAUGACAUCAGCGAGUUCCACCACAAGGCCAAGAUCGCCGGCAUCACUGGUGGCACCACCACAGCUGUGGGUGGUGUGACAGCCAUUGCUGGUCUGGCUCUAGCACCCUUCACCUUUGGUGCUUCUCUGGUAAUCACAGCUGUUGGUGUGGGCGUGGCAACUGCUGGCGGAAUCACCUCAGCCUCAGCUGCGAUUUCGGAUAACGUUAACAACAUGCAUGACCGGAAGAAGGUGGAGACAGUACUGCAGGAGUAUGAGGGUCAUCUGCUGGACAUUGGAAAGAUCCUCCACUUUGUCAAUCAGGGCUUGUACAAACUUCGCGGCCAUCCUUUCCUCAGGUCUGGCACCCAACACUAUGCGGAGGACUGGGAGAUCCGCAGGGCAGUCCAGAUGAUCAGCUUAGUGGACUCACCCGUGAUGCGAGCAACAGAGAUAACAGAUGGGGCUGUAGCUUCUCUCCAAGGACUCUUCAAAGGCAUGGACAAGUACUUUAUCAAGGAUUCUCGGGAGCUAAAGAAAAGCUGCAAGAAAGAAAUGGUGGGUCAAAUAAAGGAGGUGGCAAAUGUGCUGAAUGACAGCAUAGUGGAGCUCAACACCAUCAGAGAGGAGCUACAGGAUGCGACAGGAAACAUGUGAGCAACAUCCUGCAUGACACCACUAGCUAUUUCUCAAAGAUCACCAACACCCCCUCCUGGCUAAAUAGAGGAACUGUCGGUUUAAAGGAAUUCACAUGCCCUGUAGUAUGUAAGUGUCGUUUUUGUGAUUUUGGCAGUAAAACAGGAACAGGGAACAGGGAAAGCUUUAUUUGUGCACUGUAUUCUUCUGUGGUUAAAGAUUGUCUUAUACUCUGUGAGGUGUAUUAGAAUAUAUCAUUAUGGUCACAGACGGGUAAAGUUUGAAAUUACUUUGAGUUUAAUUUGUCCACUUAUUGUAUGCACAUGAAGAGCACAUAUUAUAAACCUGGGCAAUACCACAAAUUUGUGAUUGAGCUUCUCAACACUUCACUGACACAAAAAUGUAUGUAAAUUUACAAAAGUAGUAUUUCUUGUAGGGCUAAUGUAUUAAGUUAUAUCAUAAUAUCAGUGGCUGUUAGCCAAUAUAUGGAUUGAACAAAAUACUAUCGGUGAAUUUAAGUUACUGUAGUUGGUUCUCGACAGGACUGUGUUUCUUAAAUAGUAAAUUUUUGCUCACAUCAUCUAACAAGGACAUGACAAAUUAAUGUUACACCACUUUAAUUUUAAAAAAAAAACACCUUUAAGUUGCAAAUCUGGUAAAGUAUUUACCUAUUUAAAGUGAUAGUCAUACUGUAAAAUUAUUGCACAAAAAGUAAGUUGGCCAUGUAAGUGGUUGUGCAUAUAUGUAGAUACUGUUAUAAUAUGCCUGUCUGAAUUAUUUAAACCUAUGUGAACCCAUAAUAUCUAUUUAGCUGUCAAAAAGCCUGACUAUUUGUAUGUUGAUAUGUUGUGCAUACUGAAAGAUUCCUGUCACUGUAUGUUUUGAUUUUCAAAUUUUCGACCACUUGUGAUCUUACUGGAUCAUGCUCCUGCUUUUAUUUCGUGUCAAUGCAUUUUCCUGCUGUAUUUUAAUUUGAGAUUAAAUUCAUUUUCAGUUGCUCUUACCAGCUGCAGUAAAUGUUGACAUCCAGGACCAAAGGCUCAUUAGUAUUAAGACGCCUGCUUAGUACUGUGUAGAUUGGGGCAAGAUCCAGGCACUCAGAGGUGUUUUACAGGGAGCCGAACUACAGGCAGGGGUCUGCUUUUCUCCUGGCAGGUGUGCUCUGCCAAACUCCAUUUGAAAAAUAGCGAUUUUUAACCUGAUACUGUUUUAUUCAGUGUUUUUACUAAUGUUAGUCAUUAAUAAAGUUUAUUUUGGAGUAAA